AUGGCCAAAGAUAACAAAGGGAAUACGACAGUUGAGGAGUUGAUUGCUAAGCUCCGUCACUGUGCCAAGGGACUGUCAGCAAUCAUUUCGGAGCGUGACCAAAUGUUCGAGAACUUCGGACAUCUUGUGAAAACUCGUGAAGUUCUCAACAAUCAAUACAGACAGCUGUUGGAGAAUGGUGAAGUGCUGCCACCUGAUGUGAUGGUGUCCAAGGCAGAACUUAUGGACACACAAGUCACCUCUGCGGUAUGCUUCUACACUAUGGCUCGUGAGAGGGACUUGAUGUGCAUGACAACGUACAGAAUAUCCUUUUUACCAGAGAUGCCAUUCCGAGUACAAGCGGCUGUGACGAAAUACACUUGGAUUCAUACAAAAACUGGAAUGGAAAGGAGGUAA